CCGGCUACUCAGAGGACGUGGAACACCACAAACAGGAACUUUAAAGGGAUUGAAAUCUGUUGCCUGUUCCACUAGGAAUAUUGUUUGCAAGGCACAAGGUGUCUUUUGGUAGUGAGCACCCUCUGCGCAUGCGCAGGUCCUUUCGGGAAUUACUGCCCUGCCGCCGACUAAGUUGCAUUCCUUGAAUCUUCGCAGGAAAGACAAUUCUUUAAUCAGAGUUAGUAAUGUGGACAGUACAAAAUCGAGAGAGUUUGGGGCUUCUCUCUUUCCCUGUGAUGAUUGCCAUGGUCUGUUGUGCACACAGCGCCAAUGAGCCCAGCAACAUGUCAUACGUGAAAGAGACAGUGGACAGAUUGCUCAAAGGAUAUGACAUUCGCUUGCGGCCGGACUUUGGAGGGCCCCCUGUGGACGUAGGGAUGCGGAUCGAUGUCGCCAGCAUAGACAUGGUCUCCGAAGUGAACAUGGAUUAUACACUCACCAUGUAUUUCCAGCAGUCUUGGAAAGACAAAAGACUUUCUUAUUCUGGAAUCCCACUAAACCUCACAUUAGACAACAGGGUAGCUGACCAACUCUGGGUGCCAGACACCUAUUUUCUGAAUGACAAGAAAUCAUUUGUGCAUGGGGUUACCGUGAAAAAUCGAAUGAUCCGACUGCAUCCUGAUGGAACAGUUCUCUACGGACUCCGAAUCACAACCACAGCUGCAUGUAUGAUGGACCUACGAAGAUAUCCUCUGGAUGAACAGAACUGCACUCUGGAGAUUGAAAGUUAUGGCUAUACCACUGAUGACAUUGAGUUUUACUGGAAUGGAGGAGAGGGAGCAGUAACAGGAGUUAAUAAAAUUGAGCUUCCUCAGUUUUCAAUUGUCGACUACAAGAUGGUAUCCAAGAAAGUGGAGUUCACAACUGGGGCAUAUCCACGACUGUCACUGAGUUUUCGUCUCAAGAGAAACAUUGGUUACUUCAUUUUGCAAACCUACAUGCCUUCCACACUGAUUACAAUUCUGUCCUGGGUGUCUUUUUGGAUCAACUACGAUGCAUCUGCAGCCAGAGUUGCACUAGGAAUCACCACUGUGCUGACAAUGACAACCAUCAGCACCCACCUCAGGGAGACCUUGCCAAAGAUCCCUUAUGUCAAAGCGAUUGAUAUUUACCUGAUGGGUUGCUUCGUGUUUGUGUUCCUGGCUCUGCUGGAAUAUGCCUUUGUAAAUUACAUCUUCUUUGGAAAAGGCCCUCAGAAAAAGGGAGCCAGCAAACAAGACCAGAGCGCCAAUGAGAAGAACAAACUGGAGAUGAAUAAAGUUCAGGUCGACGCGCACGGCAACAUUCUGCUCAGCACCCUGGAAAUCCGGAACGAGACGAGCGGCUCGGAGGUGCUGACGGGCGUGAGCGAGCCCAAGGCCACCAGCAUGUACUCGUACGACAGCGCCAGCAUCCAGUACCGCAAGCCGCUGAGCAGCCGCGAGGGCUACGGGCGCGCGCUGGACCGGCACGGCGCGCACAGCAAGGGGCGCAUCCGCCGGCGCGCCUCGCAGCUCAAAGUCAAAAUCCCCGACUUGACUGAUGUGAAUUCCAUAGACAAGUGGUCCCGAAUGUUCUUCCCCAUCACCUUUUCUCUUUUUAACGUCGUUUAUUGGCUUUACUACGUACACUAA